AUGUCGAUGCAUUCAAACAAAAUUAAAACUCUCUAUCAGAGAAUCCCCCUAUGGAAACAAUUGUAUUAUAAAUGGAGAUCAAUUAGGGGGGUCCCCCUGAGAAAGAAGUUCUUUGUUGGUUACGAUUUGGAGGCAAAUACGUAUUGGGAGUUCUAUCUUGACCGCCAACAGACGAGACCACGCAGGCUUGUUGAGCCAUACAAACCACAGCCCCUCUUGUUUGACUACUUCAACAAACUUCCGAUUCAAUGGACACAAUGGUUGAGAUAUACGAGGCGUGUACCUCCCACCAUUGAGGAGAUUCUAAAAGACGAGGAACGGAUAAGGAACUUACAAGCAUUGAGUCAGUUUAAAGAACACGAACAAACAUAUAACAAACACUUGCAACAGGAGAAAAUCCAUCAAAACCUCCAAAAGGAACUACAUAAACUGGAAGAGAAGGAGGAUAAGAACCGGCAUGACGAUGCCGUUAACGCUGCCAGAUUCAUGCAGAAGUCCGGUUAUGAUUUGAAUGAAACCAUUCAACAUCAAGAGGUAAAGGAAAAGCCAAACACUAAACUUGACAGAGACGCAUCAUCAUUGGCCCACGAUCCAUGGAAAAGAGCAGAUACUUCGGACCACCCACAAGAAGCUACAAUGACGCCAAGAAGGUGA